AUGACAACUACGUCUGCUCCAACGCCGAUGGCAACUACAACUGUUCCACCGCCAACAACAACUACAACUGUUCCUCAACCGAUAACAACUACGACUGCUCCAACGCUGAUGUUAAUUACGACUCCUCCGACGCCGAUGACAACUACGACUGCUCCGACGCCGACGACAACAGCGACUGCACAAACACCAAACACAAUUACAACUGACUCUCUGCCAGCAACAUUUACAAUUGUUCAACCUCUGACAACAACUGAUCCACUGCAGACAUUAACUACAACUGUACUAAAGUUGCCAUCGGAAACCACUGCAAAACCAUUGACCCUCACUAUAAAUGCAGCACGGCUGAUAACAUCAGUGGCAACUCGACCGCCGAAUACAUCUACAACUUUAACGUCGACGACGGCAUCAACAACAGAAUCACUGUCGACCACAUCGACAACUGUGUCUUCGCCAACUGCAUCUUCCAGUGAAUCAAUAACUAAGACUCUAUCACAGCCAACAAGUUCGUCUUCUGAAUCGCCUACAACAACUAUCACUACAACAACUGAAAAACCUGAUGACACUUCACUUCGACAUAAAAAAGAGUUGUAUGAUCAGAAGUUAAAGGACUACGACCCCCGAAUUCGACCAAUACAGAACCAGUCCCAGCCUAUAUAUGUGAAUACAAAAUUUGUGGCGUUGAGUCUGAUUGACUUCGAUACAACCUUUCAGCAGUUUUCUAUUAUGGGGUACAUCAGGAUCGGCUGGAUUGACCACAACAUCAACUGGAAGCCGCGUUUCUACAGCUAUACCACCUCUAUGCGUGUUCCAUCCAGGCAGAUAUGGACGCCAAACUUGAUCCUUAAGAAGUCAGUGGAUGGACAGGGCGUGAUUGGAGCGGCGGAGACAGACCGGAUCUACGUCUCGUUUAGAGGUCACGUGCAGUGGGUUCCCGAGGCCACAUACUCAGUUGUGUGUAAUGUGAACGUCAGAUUAUAUCCGUUCGACGAGCAGACGUGCACGUUGACGUACUCCGUUCCCGGCGAGACGAUGGACACAUUAGAUCUGGACCAUUACCAGAACGUCGACAUGAGCGAAUACGCGGAAAAUCCCUCCUGGAUCAUCGUUGGCGUCAGCAGGACCCGCUAUAUCCGUGACAACAACUACAACAUCGACAUCGAGUUCCGGAUGCGGCGAAGGGCUGACUUCACCACCUUUACGUUAGUAGCUCCUCUUAUGAUGUUAGCGUUCCUCAACAUUUGUGUGUUCCUGAUUCCAUCCAACUCUGGUGAAAAGGGCUCGUUCUCCAUCACGAUAUUCUUAGCCUACUCCGUCUAUAUUUCCAUGAUGAGCGAAACGUUACCGCACAAUUCCGUUGAAGUUUCCCUCUUUGUCGUGUUUAUCAUCGUCCUGCUUUGUCUCAGUGUCGUUUCCGUUUUCUACACGAUCAUUCAGGCGAAGCUGGCGAGCGCCUUCGGUAACAAAGAGUGUCCUCUCAACUGGUUCCGGUGUGCAGCUGAUCGAAACAAAGUAGUUCCAGUGGAUCCUGCUGGAAACCCCGAGAACACGUGUAUGUACACGUGGGAAAAAUUCUUUGAGCAGCUGGACACCUUCCUGUUCGGAUCUUUCCUCGUGACGAUCACCGUGGUUACCGGCAUCUUCUUCGGGAUUCUUCUAAGGAACUUAAAUUUUAACGACCCCGACCUCAAUCUGGAACCGGAAGGUACGACAAGGUCCAUGCCUUUUGUCACAACGGCUGCUGCAUAA